AUGACACUUGCAGACGACGUGAAAGUCAUUUCGACUUUCGUCUCUCACGAGCAAGUGCGACUCGACUCUGGUACAAAAGCACCUCAACACUACGACACCAUCGUGCUCUGCGUCAGCGCCAUCUUUCACUGCGCCGAAACACUCUUCCAUGCCCUCCAGCAAAGAGGCUCAGACCUCACCGCUACAGUAGUGUUAUGCGGCGGAAUUGGUCACUCGACUCCACACCUUUACAGCGCAGUGGCAGAGAAUCCGCGCUAUGCCCAUCUGGCUGACCAGAUCAAUGGGCUGCCAGAAGCUCAAGUCAUGGAGAAGAUCUUUGACGCCUGCUUUUCUGGACAUGACGUCCGGAACUCUGGUGUGAAGGUGCUGGUGGAAGACCAAAGCACCAAUUGCGGUGCCAAUGCUACAGAGACCAGGAGGUUGUUGCAGAAGUUCGGGUUACUGGCAUCUGGAAGCAAAAUGUUGAUCAUUCAAGAUCCAACGAUGAGUUUGAGGACGAAAAUGUCGUUUGAGAAGGCCUUUGAAGGCGAUGGAGUGAUUUUUGAGGCUUGUCCGACAUUCGUGCCUAGGGUCACAGAGUCAGAUGGGAAAUUGAGGUUUGAGGAGGGAGCAGAUGUCACGGAGGACGAAUUGUGGGACAUGGACAGAUUCCUGGGAUUGAUCUUGGGAGAAAUCGUCAGAUUGAAGGACGACGAGACAGGCUAUGGACCAAGAGGAAAGGGCUUCAUCGGACAUGUGGACGUGCCUGAUGCGGUGCUUGAGGCAUAUGCUCGACUGGAAAAGUCUGCCCAUGCGAAGAGGUAG